AGCGUCUCUGGAUAUAAAUACCCCUUCAGGUUUGCCCCCAUCACUUGAUCCAGUCAGAUCACUUCUCACCACCUCACUUUCUUUGGCUCUCGUGUUCAUAGUUUCAUAGACAAUUUUUCCGCUCCAUCGUAUAUUCACUUUCACAUAUUAUAGGCCUGACUACUAGCUAGCCCCCACACCCCUCUUGCAGCCUAGCCUGUUUCAAUCUUGAUCUUGACCUUUCAACGCGUCUUAGACAUCUGAUUAGCACCCCUCCUACCGGCCAACGAUGCAGCUCCCCGGUGCACUUAGCCUGACCAGCUUAUUGGUCUCCUUCGCUAUGAGUGCAUACGCAAUUUACCCCCCUCCCAACGACUACAUCAUGAGCAUGGGACUUGACUGGGCAAAUGGCUAUCAGUCGGUCUAUAAUGCUAAAGGCGAGGACGCGUUCCGUUGGUACAAGAAUUACGAUACCCCUCGUCCUGGGAUCUCGACCUCUAGACUUGCAGACGGAUCUUCCAAAACGGUGUUUUCACUUGAGUCGAGCAACGAUUGGUGCGACGCCCCGAAACGGUUUUUGCAGUACAGAUAUCCCAACCAACCGUGGGCGGAACGGGACUAUAGGCUUCAACUCAGACGCCACAGAGCCGACAUGUGGCACUUCAACUACCCCGAUAAAUCCGGGACCCGCAGAUACUACAGGUUCAACAAAAACUCUUCCAACAUGGGCGGUCGGAUCUACAGGGUGGCCCGCGGACAAAAGGAUGUAUUGGAAGGAUUGUUGAGAAGCAAUGUACGCUACGAUAAAUGGUGGAACGACCCCAAAGGCCGGAACACAUUUACCCUCUCCAUUGUUGAUGAAGCCCCAGUGCCCGAAAUGGUCAUGUUGAUGGCCUUGGUGCUUGAACAUUCCCUUAUCUGCGACAGGAAGUAAAAUCCAACUC